AUGGAGGUGAUAAGUGAAAACUCAGCCUUAUUGACAAAUUACGAAGUCUUCAGUUUAUUGACUGAUAUUCAGAAUGGUCAUGGACAAAGAAAGCCAAAUAAACACCAACAAAAUUUAGCAACAAUUGUUUAUGAAACAGUCAAAUACUUAGAAAACACCUCAUGUAAACUUCAAAAUCCUGAGUUAUUAAAAGUUUUUGCUGAAAAAGUCAGCAGAUUCAAUUUGACAAAAGCAGAGAAACUUCAGAUUUUAAACCAAAGACCAACUACUGCUGUAGAAAUUCAGUUAAUAGUUGAAGAAAGUGAAGAGAGAUUGACCGAAGAAGAAAUUUAUGAACUACUUGAAUUGAUAUCAUCAUGUGUUCCUAGCAUUUCUGAUGGUGAGAAGGUUGAAGGAGCAAGUGAAGACCAUGAAGGUAAAGAAGAAAUACAAGAAGGAAAUGAAGAGGAAGAGGAAGAAGAACAAAUGGAUGAAGGAGAGGGUGAAGUGCAUGAAGAAUUAAUAACUGAGGAUAGAAAUGAUGUUCAAGUUGGUGCUGAAGACAAUGAUGAUGAUGAUUAA